ACACCGAGCGGCAAUCUCCCCAACGAGCCCGGCGAGAGCACAAGGAACGGACACACUCCUCGGUUUACGCGGUUCCCGACUCGACACCAGCAGGAAGACUGAGCAUCUUUGAUUCCUCCGACUUAUCCCACGGAAAGAGAACUGUUUCUGUGGUUAUUGACGGGCGCAAGAGGCGAGGCGCAGCAGCACAUCUGGCUCACAGGAAGACAGGAGGAGCGAGAGAGCGAGAGAGAGAGAGAGAGAGAGAGAGAGCCUUUGGCAACUCACCCUUGCAUCCGUUGUUCUUCAGUCCCCAUCAAAAGAAUCUUCCAUCCAUUGUUUCACCGACGUGAAGCAAACGUUACACUCUGAGGAUUUCCUGAGGAGUGCAAGAGAUUUUUUUUUUCAAAAUUCGUUUUACAAACUUAAGUUGAGUCCAAAAACUUUUCUCCCUCACUAAAGUGAAAGAGGGGGGAGACCCCAGAAAACAUUUCAAUAACGUAACCUGGAUUAAAGAGGACUUUUAGCUUACCUGUUAAAAAAAAAAAGAAAAAGAAAAAGAAAAAAACUUUAUUCCGUUUAGUGUUAAGGAGAUUUUGCGCCACUUCGGUCACUUGAGGCGCAGGGAGAUUAGCGGGAGCGCAGCUUUGGGGAACACGUCUGAUUAGCUGCGAGGCUGAUUUAAAUAGCGCCUAUUGAGCAAGGAAAAAAAAGAGAGAAAACAUAGAAAACACACACACAUACCCACCCACACACACACACACACAAAACGGAGCAAAAUACUGUCAGUGGCCAAGACGCUGUUUGGCAGUGGGUGCUAAAGCUCGGCUGACGCGCGCGCUCCAGCCUGAGGAGUCUGCCUGCACAGGAGCAGCCUGAUCCCGUCACCUCUUCCUCCUCCUCCUCCUCCUCCUCAUGUACAUUAUUACAACAAGGAGACCCAAUCAAGCACGUAUCUCAUCGAUUCACGCACACACAGACACACACAGUUCAAUUCCUUUAAGAAAAAGCUCCCAUGCGUGCACGCGCACAUGUGCGUACACGUACGUACUGAUUGAAUGACUUGCCCCUCAGCGGAUUUUUCAAAGAGCUCUUGGACAAAAUAAGGUAGCCGCGCCAGGCAGGGCAGUGUGUGGACAACCAGCCUCGACCGUCACCUCCUUCUUUCUCUCGUCCUCCUCCUCCGCCUCCCCUUUUUCUUCCGCUGUCGGUCCAGAGAAUUAGCAAACUGAAAAAAGCCGCAUGUGGCUCUUUUUUUACUCCGACCACCGACCAGCAAGAGGCGAAUGGAUGUUUCUGAGAUGGUUUCAGUGUCAGCUGCCUCACUUCCUGGCUUUGAAUUGCGCGUGAUUACCAGGUGGUAAAAGCGAAAAGCCCAUGGAUAGCGAGGCAGAAGAUCAGCCCGUAAACUUGCCUGUUGCAGCCACCGAAACCAAGUAGCCUAGAGGAUCACACGAAGACACAAAGCGCUUUUCUGCCUUCUGUGUUUUCUGCCGCGGAGCUCGCUGUUCCAGCUCCUGUCACGUCCAUCCAAGCCGGAGCGGGCGGAGUGAGCGAUCGAGCAGCCGACAGAGACGCAACUAGCAGCGGGACUCCACGCUGGUUUUUCUCUGCUCUCAUCUUCGCUUCAGCUGGCUUUCUUCUUCUUUUUUUCUAUUCGAAAACUGCACACCCUCCCCUGUUUACACACUCCCAUCUCGAUCUAUGUGGGAGCCCUGAGAGCGCACCCAGGGGGGGGGGAGACUGUGUAUCAAAGCUUCGCGGAUCCCCCACGCAGCCUCGGAUCACCGUGGCCAGAGACGAACUCAUUGCCGGGCCCCCAAAGCCGACAUGCCACGGAGGAAGCAGCAAGCGCCUCGGCGCGCCGCAGCAUAUGUCCCUGAGGAUGAAAAGGAAGCAGCCCUUUUGGAUGAGGACCUGGAUGGAGAGGACUCAGCUCAGGAAGGGGAGGAGCCUUCUGCCAAGCUCCUGUGUCAGGACAAGGACUUCCUUCUCAAGGACGGGCCAGGAUGCACUGGUGUCCGUGACUCCCCCAAUGCUGCUGACUUUUCAGGUCAGGAUAUGGACAGCGAGUCUCACCUGAGUGAAUCCAGUGACAGACUGUCUGAUUUUGAGAGCUCCUCACUUAAAAAUGAAGAUGAUGUCCUCCUUUCAAAAGAUCCUUCCAACGCACUGUCUCCAUCUUCUUCAGCCAUGAUGGCUGCAGUCAAUGCCACUGCCUCAGUUAGUGGAGACGAGGCCAUACUAGCUGCAACAGGUUCUGUGGCUGAUAGCCUUGAAAAAAUGAAGGCCAUUUACACCUCUUUCCUGACCAAUUCCUAUUGGUCUACGCUGAAUCUGAACCUGAGUCAGCCCCCAACAGAAAAACCCCCUCGCAGUCAUAGCAGCAGUAGUAGUAGCAGUAGCAGUAGCUGUGGAAGUGGAGGUUUUGACUGGCAUCAGACGGCUAUGGCUAAAACUCUCCAGCAGGCCUCACAGAACCACCACAACAGACUGAACCUGGUUCAGCAUCCCACAGUGGCUGUGUCCACAGCUUCGACAGAGCCCAACCUCUUCAGUACUGUCCAGCUUUACCGGCAGAGCUCCAAGCUCUAUGGCUCUAUAUUCACUGGUGCCAGCAAAUUCCGUUGUAAGGACUGUAGUGCUGCAUAUGACACUCUAGUGGAGCUCACAGUACACAUGAAUGAAACAGGCCAUUACCGUGACGACAACCACGAAACAGAUGGUGAGGGUGCUAAACGCUGGUCAAAACCCAGAAAACGUUCCCUACUAGAGAUGGAGGGGAAGGAGGAUGCACAAAAAGUUCUUAAGUGCAUGUACUGUGGACACUCCUUUGAAUCCCUUCAGGACCUAAGUGUCCACAUGAUCAAGACAAAACACUACCAAAAAGUGCCUCUGAAAGAACCUGUUACACCAGUGGCAGCUAAGAUUAUCUCCUCAGCUCGCAAGAGAGCCCCCAUUGACCUCGACAUCCCUAGCUCACCUGACUCUGCUGGAGGCACCACACCCAAGCCCACUUCCCUCAGUGAAACAAAUGACAUACUCCAAAAGGUCGCCAAUCCCUAUAUUACACCUAACAAUCGCUAUGGACACCAAAAUGGUGCCAGCUAUGCCUGGCAGUUUGAAUCCAGGAAGUCGCAGAUCCUCAAAUGUAUGGAGUGUGGAAGCUCUCAUGAUACACUGCAAGAGUUAACUGCUCACAUGAUGGUAACAGGGCACUUUAUAAAAGUUACCAACUCUGCCAUUAAGAAAGGCAAACCAAUUAUUGAGUCAUCAGCUCAAGUCCCAAUAUCUAAUUCAGUAGCUGAAGAAAAGGUGCAGUCUGUUCCCCUGGCUGCCACAACCUUCUCCCCUCCACCUGCUCCAGUGCCUCCACCAACUAGCAUCUCACCCACUGCAAUGGUUGUAGAAAUUAAGAAAGAGGAGAGGGAAGAGGAAUGCACUAAAGAGUCGGUUCUGAACAAAGAUAAAAGGGCAGAGGGGGAGGAUGAGGCUGAGGAGAAGUUUGAUAUUUCUUCAAAAUACACUUAUCUGACUGAAGAAGAUCUGGAUGAAAGUCCAAAGGGGGGUCUUGAUAUUCUCAAGUCACUGGAGAACACAGUGACCUCAGCCAUCAACAAAGCCCAGAAUGGAGCUCCAAGCUGGGGUGGAUAUCCCAGUAUCCAUGCUGCCUACCAGCUCCCAAACAUAAUGAAGCUCUCUCUCGGUAACUCUGGAAAGAGUUCUCCCCUUAAAUAUAUGUUUCCUGGAGGGGAGAUUCUCUCACCCGCUGGUAAGAGCCAACCGCUGAUCUCGCCUCCCAGCCGCCAAACUUCUCCUCUACCCAAAAACAACUUUCACGCAAUGGAGGAGCUAGUCAAAAAAGUUACAGAGAAAGUGGCCAAGGUUGAGGAGAAAAUGAGAGAUCCCAGUGCUGUUGUGAGGAAUUCUCCUUUGCGACAAGCCACACCCUCACCUUGCAACAGCGAGGCUGAGGACUCAGCUCGAGAACACUCACCUAAAGAAAAUGGAGCAGGAGACUGUAAAACUCCUGAGGAUGAAAAGGAAAAGGAAAUAGGAGAUGGAAAUGGAACCCAUCACAAAGAUUCAAAUGGUAAUCUUUCCAUUAAGGAAUCUGUGGAGAAUGGAGUGGAGCCAACUAAUGUUGCAUCCCCAUUACCUGCCUCUCUGUGUGGCAGCACAGCCAUCAUCACAGACCAUCCACCUCCAGAACAGCCAUUUGUCAACCCUCUGAGUGCACUGCAGUCAGUAAUGAACGUUCACCUGGGAAAGGCUGCCAAGCCUGCCCUGCCCUCCCUUGACCCCAUGAGCAUGUUGUUCAAGAUGAGCAACAGCCUGGCAGAAAAAGCAGCUGUAGCAUCCUCCACCCCACCAGCACACGCCAAAAAGGCCAAUAAUGACCACUUAGACCGCUACUUCUACCAGCAACAUCUAAACAAUGACCAACCUAUGGAUCUCACCAAAGGAAAAAAUGCUGACAAAAGCAGUAAUGGGGGCUCUUUGGGUUCAACAGCUCUCUCUUCCACCACCUCCACACCGUCAAUUUCUCCCUCUUCUGCUGUCACUAUGACAAAGGCCUCGGCAGCAGUAGCUUCCUUUAUGUCUUCAUCCCCUUUGAGAGAAAAUGCCCUCUCAGAUAUUUCUGAUAUGCUGAGGAACCUGACAGAAAGUCAGGCUGUGUCCAAGUCCUCCACCCCCACCAGCCAGUCUGAACGUUCUGACAUUGAAGGUGCCACACAAGAGGAGACAGAAGAAGUUUCACCGGCCCAGAAGCGUAAAGGCCGCCAGUCCAACUGGAACCCUCAGCACCUCCUCAUACUCCAAGCCCAGUUUGCUUCCAGUUUAAGACAAACGAAUGACGGCAAAUACAUGAUGUCUGAUCUGAGCCCACAGGAGAGAAUGCACAUCUCCCGUUUCACUGGCCUUUCAAUGACAACAAUAUCCCAUUGGCUGGCUAACGUCAAGUACCAGCUGAGAAGAACGGGGGGCACCAAGUUUUUGAAAAACUUAGACUCGGGUCACCCUGUGUUCUUUUGCAGUGAUUGCGCCUCUCAGAUUCGCUCACCAUCCACCUAUGUCAGCCACCUGGAAUCUCACUUAGGUUUUCGUCUUCGAGACCUGGCAAAGCUUUCUGGGGAGCAGCUGCUCAGCCAGAUAUCCCAGCACCAUCAUCAUCAACGUCACAAGGGACUAUCUGAAAAACUGUUCUCUAAUCUUCAUCCAUCCAGCCACCCUUUAGCCUCCUCUCUAGCAACAUCUAUACCUUCGUCCUUACCCAUGUCCAUGUCCUCGUCCUUAACCAGAUCUUUGCCCUUGACUGAAUCUCCACCAUCCCCUGAUGAUGACGAUAGCGGGGCCAUCUACCAGUGCAAGCUCUGCAAUCGGACUUUUGCGAGCAAGCAUGCAGUAAAGCUUCACCUGAGCAAGACUCAUGGGAAAUCCCCAGAGGAUCAUCUCAUGUAUGUGUGUGAGCUGGAAAAACCAUAGCACUGGCUGGGGACAACGCAGCACUUUUUAAUUACGGUUCACUUUUUCUUGCUCUGUCUCUCUUUAGCCUUUCACAGACUUUAAAAAAAGAAGGAUUAUAAAACGUGAAGGAACUGCACAAAGAUGCCAUAAAACUACUGCUAUGAGUGUCGGCACAUGGUUUUUCAUUUUGUAUUAAUGCAGUUUUUUGUUUUUUUUUGUUUUGUUUUUCUAAUUUGCUCAUGUGUGAAGUAGAUUCACCUAGCUCCACACACUUUGUUUUAGUGAUCUCCUUUGACUGGACCAGACUUUUUCUCGAAAGGUUUAAAAUGAGGCUGUUGUCAUUGGGACUAUACAAUAUAUGAAGGUUUAAAAAAGAUUUUAAAUGAUGUGGUGGGUAUUUUUUGCAUUAAUGGAAAUAGGUUCAUUUAUAUUUUGGCACCACUGAGGUGUUAUAAGCUGCAUGCAGAAAUGAAACAGUUUAGUUAAAACAUUUUAUAACAAAAUCUGGUGCACUUUCCAUGAUUAUGGUUUCUUUCCUCCUGACUGAUCUAUUGUUUUGUUUUGAUUUAUUUUUUUCGAUAACAUUUUUUAUGCUGGAGUCAGCAUUUAAAAUUUAACCCUCUGAGUACGUCAAAGUCUUUCUACACCUCGUAUCCAAACUUCACUGACGCAAGAUUUAAGAUCGGGAAUUACUCAAGCUAUUGUGAGAAUUAGAUGUGCACUGGGUCUGGAGUGCUUGUUUCUCAGACAUUUAGCACGUCAAGUCUAAUCCUAGACAUGAAAACAUUUUUUAAAAAGGAUAUUCUACAUUCAGUGCAAGAUUUUAAUCUUGAGCUUCACAUUUGUCUGGCUAAUGCUCACAGGGCUUGACAUAAGCACUGGAUGUUGGGGAAAAAAAAAAAAAAAAAAAAAAAGAAAAAUAUUUUACUUUGGUUGAUCAGGGACCUAUAUUAAAUCAGGUCUGUGUAAAAUAUGUAUAUAGUAACAUACUAAUUAAUUCCUGUCUAAAUUAUGCAUCAUUUUUAUAUUUUUAAUUUAAAAUGAUUAAGACUAUUUGCUGGUGCACAGUAUAUGAAGAAAAACUUGUUUUGCACAAUAGUUUUAUAAGUGUGUUAUGUAAUCUAAAGAUAUUACAAGAAAAGGGAGUUAACAAAUUAGUGACAACAGGUGAAUCUUUUUAUUCCCAACUCGUGCUCAAAGGGUUAAAAACUCUUUUUUUUUUAAUUAAAAGCUUCUCUACAUGUGCCCCUGUAUGAACACUAAAAAGAUAUUAAAGGCUGUACAAAAAGAUGUUACUUUAUGAAGAUAUUUCAUGUAUAAACUGUUAUUUAUAAGCACUCUUGGUUGUUUCAUAUUGUUGAAUGCCUUUUUGAUUGAUACUUUUUUUCUUUUUGUUCUAAUUACUCUGCCAUGAUUCCACACUGCAGCUUUAUCUUUUGGAUAUGAAAGGUAACCAUGGUUACACUAACCUCAUGAGUGACAAGUUCUGCUACAUUUUUGGCAGUUAAUUUGCUGAAGUAACUGACAUCUGCCAGUGUAGAGAAAUAAUAAUAAUAAUAAUAAUAAUAAUAAUAAAAGAACCUUACGUGUAAAAUAUCGGCAUGUAAACAGCACAGAUACUGUUAUGCAUUCUUUGCCGUUAGUCUUUUUUCAUUUGGUUCUUUGGUUUUCUGUUGUUGUUGUUCUUGACAAUGAAUCCCCAUUAUAUGACUUCGUAUAACCUUGUUUUCUACUGCAGCAUUAAAAAAAGGAAACCGUU